AUGGACAAGGUUAGUAGGUUGCCUGAUGAACUGCUGGAGAAGGUGUUGACAUUUCUUCCAACAAAAGAAGCUGUGUCUACUAGCAUUUUAUCGAAACGAUGGGAGCAUCUCUGGAUGUGGUUGCCAAAACUUGAGUAUGAUGAUCAACAUUACUCAGAGUCUGAACGCAAGAGGCUACGGUGUUUCAUUGUCAGAAGUUUGCCUCUACAUAAAGCCCAUGUUAUUGAAAGCUUGCGUCUCAAGUUAAGCAAUUCACAUUAUUUUAAACCUCAAGUUAUCAAAUGGAUCGUUGCAACUGCGGUUUCUAGAAACGUACUUGAGCUGGAUAUCUCUUGUUCUUCUUAUCCGGAGAAGUUAAACAUAUUGCCGAGUAACUUGUAUACAAGCAAGUCACUUGUGAUUCUGAAACUCGGUGAUUGGAUUCUCUUGGAUGUUCCUCCUAUGGUUUCUCUUCCUUCUCUGAAGACUUUGCAACUUCAAGAAGUGGUAUACUCCAGUGAAGGAUCUCUUCAGCGACUUCUAUUUAACUGCCCUGUUCUUGAAGAACUAAAGGUGGAUAUAUGGAAGUAUGACAAUACGAGAAAGUUCACUAUUAUUGUCCCAUCGUUGCUGAGUUUAUCACUCUUUAUACCCUUCGAGUAUGGUAUUGAUGGGCUUGUGAUAAAAACACCUUCUUUGAAGUAUUUCAAACUUCGGGUUCAUAGUAGUAGUAGUCACUACUGCUUGGUUGAGCAUAUGCCUAACUUGAUCGAGGCAUAUAUAGAUGUUGAGUUCCCUAAUAUCAAGAGUCUUAUUGAAUCAAUCACAUCUGUCAAGCGUCUUGAAAUAUGCUUAGAGGUUCUGUAUGAAGAAGGAAUUGUAUUCAGCCAGCUUGAGCAUUUGAAGCUAUGUCGAUGCAAAGACUGUACAUCGAAUCUACUUGUCAGGCUUCUCAAAGAUUCUCCUAACUUGCGAGUACUAGACCUUUAUGAAAUGAUCGAUCAUUACUAUUGUGGCAUUAUUCCGUGGAAUCCACCAAGUACUGUUCCUGCAUGCAUGUUGUCGAGUCUACAAAUUUUUCACUGGUCGGCAUUCUCAGGAGUACCAGGAGAGAGAGAUCUUGCGAUUUACAUGUUGAAAAAUGCUAGUCACCUAAAGACUGCAACAAUCUGGUCUGAUGAAUGUGAUAUUCCGGAACUUGAGAUGUUAAAGGAGUUGGCAUUUUCUUCCAGAGCUUCAACUACAUGCGAAUUCAUGUUUGAUUGAGCAUACUUCUCGCACUCAUAUCUUCUUCUUUUUUUAUAAACUUGCAUCUAAAAAGAACAGUUAUACUUGUUUCAAUCUAUGGUCCAAUAAAAACACAAAGUCUAUUGUCUGAGUUUAAGUUGUUUGAUAAGUUGUAAUAGUAUUUCAAAGUGUAUCUGUACCCUUUAAAUAUUAAUAAAAAUAUUUAUAGUUUUCUCAGAUUCAGUCUUGAUUCCAGAUCCUUAACUCUGAAGGAUAUACGUCAUCAUCUAAUCUACGGUUUUAUCUCGUACUUGCUCCGUUUUUCACUUGUUCCCUCGUUUGCGUGGCUGCAGUGGGUUAUCAGACUUGUUCAGUGACUAUGAGUUUCGUUCCUGCGAAAGAAUCCAGUGAUCUUCAAAAGAGGAAAAAAAACAAAUAAUAACUUUUUAGUCAAGACACGACAUUAACAACUCAUAACCAAUCUAUGUAUUCGUCACUGCUUCGUCUUCAGUUAAUUUUCAGUUUUCGAUAAUCUCACACUUAGUGGAUGUUGUAUCUUAAUCAGUCUUCCUAAGUCAAUGGUUCCUGAGAAAAUCAAACUUAAUUAGGGUUUCACGUACACUCAUUAUUCUCCUUAGAUCAUUGUUUACAAAAGACACAAACACGCACCCAGGUUUUAUACUUUUGGUUCUAGUUUUCAGAUAUCCUGAAGCAUUCUAGCUUUAAUUUGUUGGAGUUGAAAUUAAAGAGUAGUUUCCAUGAAGAUAGGUGUGUUGCCUGAUGCUUUGCUCUUGAGAAUAUAUAUUGUCAUCACUGCCAGCUAAAGAUGUUGUGAACACAAUGUUUUUUGUCAAAACGAUGGCAUGCAUCUUUGAAUGAUUGUGCCAAAAAUUUUAUACGAUGAUAGCUAUAUCUAAACCCUUGGUAUGGGAGAUUUUUAAGGUUUAUAGAUAGGUCUUUGUUUCUGCACGAGUCUCCAGUUUUAGAGACUUUUCCAUUUCAAGCUUGGUCGAAUCUGCGGUACUUGAGAUAUUCGAGUCUGGAUUAAAAGCUGCAGAUAAAUGUUGUGUGCGUGAGCUGAUUAGGAGAUUGAUACUUCUUCUAGUCCAGUCACACUUCCUAGGAGCUUAUAUAGUGGGGAAUGUAGAAGUUUUUUCGAUGAUUCUUCCACAAUUUUUUUCCCCUCCCUCAAAAAACCGAGUCUUGAGUCGACAACGAACAACCUUCCGACCAAGCUUCAAAGAACAACUUCUUGUAUAUUUUUUUCUUUGGUCAGUUUUCUCGUAUAUUGGUAGGUGGUUCCGUCCCUGUGUGAGUUUUAGUUGGCUUUUUGUGGACUUUUGUUUUUGAAAAUUUUACUAUUCCGUUAGUUUAAUCUUGAACUGAUAGAAUACCGAACGCCCCGGCUUAUUUAUUACCAGGAAAUCUUUUCUUAGCCCAAUAAGACGAACAAGAACAAAAAAAAAAAAGUUGCGAGUUGAGAGCACGUGAUGCGCAUGUGAUUUAAAAAGAGGCGCAUUUUAGCUUCCCAGCUAAAAAUUAGCGGGAACGGUUGGUUCUCUUUGUUCAUUGUAAUCGAAAAACCAUUUCAGGGAUUAGGGUUCGUCUCUCUCCGGUGAUUACUACUCCGUCACUGGAAUCGAUUCCACUUCAGGUAUUAUAACUUUCAUUAUGAUUCUCGUUUGGAUUUGAUAGCAAUAGGCUCGCAAAAUCAUCCGAUCAUCUGUGUAAAGUGUAAACGAAUCCACUGCUUCUUUCGCAUCGAUUUCGCUAGUGUUUUGCUUUGUAAUCGUGUCGCUUAUGUUGUUAUUCAUACUAGGAAACAAACCCGCGCGUUCGCACGGACAUUCAAAUUCUUUAUUAAAAUUAAAAUUAUUAAUAUUAAUGGAAUGUAUAUACUUAUAAUUAUAUUUAUUUUUUAUUUAAUAUUAAUGGAAUGUAUAACAAUUAUGUUUAUUUUAUUUAAUAAUUUUGUUUCAUUUAAAUAACUGAUACAUUAGUUAAAAUAACAAAAUAUAAUAACUUAAGAAUGAGAAUUUAAAUGUAUGUAACAAAAUAAUAAAUAAUUAACCUUGACUGUUCAGUUUAGAGGAAAAUAGAUUUACAUAGUUAUUAAACUAUCAUAAUACAUGUUUUUUUAACAAACCUGUUUACUUAAAUAAUAUACAAGUAUAUAAAAAUGAAAGUAACUGUUAUAAAAGAAUUUGAACAUUUGCCAAAAAAGACAAAGAAAAUAUCAUACGUGGUGUUGGAAACUUAAUCUUCAAACAAAAAUUUUUGCACUUACACAAACAAUAAAUGAAAUUUAAAACAUGUAAUAAAAUAUAUUUUUUUUCAAAACUAAGAUACAAAUAAUACAUAUAGAGGUUUUUACUCUUUUUCGGUCAAAAUGCAUAUAAAGGUUGUAAUGUAAGUAUGCAACUAAUGGCGUUAUUUGAGAUUCUCAUUAGUUCUUUUGCAUGUCUCAAAAUACAAUUUACAAAAAAAAGACAGAUUAUUGAGAAGGUAAUAUAAUCCAGUCUCUGUUUUUACUUUUGGAUUUUGAAACAAAAAUCAUCAUCUCAUCAAAUAACUUCUAGAUGAAUAUAAUCAAUUAACAUAAAACAAAUCUGAUUGACAAUUAAAGUGUUCUAAAGGAGUUGCAAAACAUUUAUUAAACUUUUAGUAAUGAUAGAGUUUGACUUAUAACACUCAUGUUUUCAUCCUAUAAGAUAGUUUGGUUAACCGAUAUAACUUUGAUUUAAAAUAUUUGACUGAGAGAAACUAAGGUGAUAUUAUUAGAGUAUAAUCAUUAUUCCUAAACACGUAUUUUAUAUUCCCUCUGUUUUAUUAUAAGUGUCGUUUUAGGUUUCGACACACGGAUUAAGAAAACAAUUAAUUUUGUACAUUUCCUAUAAAAAAAACACUAUUACCUAUACACCUAACCAUAUUUCAACCAAUAGAAAAAUAAAUUUUGCAUAAAAUUAAUAAAUUUUGCAUUGGAAAUCGAAAACGACACUUAUUUUGUAACGAAAAAAAUUCUCUUAAACGACACUUAAUAUGAAACGGAGGGAGUACUUAGUAUAAUUAAAUUUGAUGUACUAUGAAUUUGAUAGUUGUUUUUGUUUACAUGGUUUACUACAAACUGUAGUAUCAUACCUAGUCAAUCACCAACACAAAACACAGUGGAUAAUACUCAUGGUUCGAAUGGUAACAUACGAACACCUACGAACAAUUGCAGUUUGGUCUUAAUAAUAACAAACACAUAUAAAUACAUAUAUAGAUUCUUAUUAUUAUUAAUUAUCCCAUAAUUCGAAGUUAUGAGCUAGAAUUGAAGUCUUAAGACAUAAAUAAAAUAAAAUAAUUUAUCCGUAAAAUACAAAAAAAAAAUAUUGUCCGAAGAUGUUUUUAUCAUAUAAAUCUUUAAAUUAUGAUUAGUAAAUUCUAAAUUUAUAUAAAGUCCUGAGACAAAUAAAAUAAAAUUCUUCAUCAGCUUUAAAAUGAUCUAUCUUAUAGAAAAUAAAAUUUUAAAGAUACCUUUUUAUUUUAAUAUAUUUUUAUUAGAUAACAAAGGUAAAUUGUAAAUUUCAAAAAAUAUAAUAAGAUAUUUAUUAAAUUUUUAUUAGUUAAUUUUUUUGAAAAAGUUAAAUAUAAAAUAAUAUAUUUUUAAUAUAUUUUAUUAACAUGUGUGACUGUAAAUAUGGAUCAUUUCCAAAUGGAUGAAACAAAGGAUAAGAAUACAUUUUUUGUCUAGAAGUUUCUUUUUGUUAGUUAUAUGAACGGAUAGUUAUAAACUUUUAAAAUAUCAGUAUAUACCGUACAAUAGAGAGUAGCUUUCCACAAUCUUCUAUGCUGGCAAAUGUUCUUAUGUUCUUUAUGUUGGGACUUACUCAAGUAGCUGAUGGUCUUGACAAUGCGAUUCACUAUUUGAAUAGGAUUCGUUAACGAUUAUAUAUUUUAAGCUAUCUUAAACAAUGUAGAACCCAAACCAGAGUAAAAUUAAAUCAUAUGUAAAGAAAUCAAAAGGACAACAUCUGAAAAUAGCAAAACUCGAUUAGCUCAAUUUGUUGCUUCCCAAACAAAAGCUCUUCAGAUUUUCAUCACAAUUUACCAUAUUCUUGUUAGUAGGAUUCUUAAAAAAAAACAAUCAGUCAGUAAUACGAACGUUCUUAGCCAAUAACUAAAUGAUUACUUGUUCCAAUUCGAUUUUUUGUCUUUAUAUACAAUCAUACACGCAUUUGAUGUACAUUUUCUCUUUUUGUUACCACACAGUGGUUCAAAGGAAGAAUGAUAUAUUUGUGAACUUUGUGCAUAUGGAACACAGAAGACUCUUGCAGUUUCAUAAAAUUUAUGAAUUAAUUUAAAAAAAUGAUUUGUUUAUUUUUUUCAUUAUGUGAUGGUAACAUGUUCAAUCCAUUCAUUUUUCUACGCCGUGAAGACGCCAACAACAUUAAUAUGCAAUUAUUUCAAAAAUCUAUUUAUCACACAUAACAAUAAUAGUAUUUUCAGAUUUACAUUUUAGUUAUUAAUUUUAAUUUUAAUUUAAAUAAGGAUAAGUGUCUUAUUACACAUAAUAAAGUGUAGUUUUCAAAAAAGAAAAAAAAAAGAAAUGUAUUUUUCAAAAUUUAAAUCAAAAAUAUAUUUAUCACAAUUUAUUUUAAUAAAUUUUGAUUUUUAUCAAGUAUUAGAUAACACAAAAUCUAUUUUUAUGAUAAGACAACUAAAGUUUCUCUUUUAUCAAAACUAAGAUACAAAUAGAAUUUCUAAUGUUUGUAUACGACACUUCAAAAUUUUCAUAUGAUUAUUUAGAUUAAACCUUUCUUUCCUUUUUUUUCUUUAUUUCAUUUUUUAUUGUUGUUGCUCUUUUCAAUGCUCACAACUCUUUAU